AUGCAUCCCACCACUCUCUUUAUGGGCUUGACAGCCAUCUUCUCUGUCACUUCGGCCAUCCCGGUUGCAAGCGACAAACCAACACCCACCCCGUCCAUGUCGAAGGUCCUCAUCUCUCCAUCUUCCUCCGCGUCCGCCUCCGCAUCGCCCACCCCUUCGGUCAACCCAUACGAAGCAUGGUCCUGCCCCGCCCAAAAGACCAAGGCCUGCUGCAUGUCCGUCCAGCAGACCAGCCACGAUCUCAUCAAGCCAGUCGGCGAGCUGGUGCCCAUCGUGGGCGGUAUCCAACUCAGCUCUGCUAUAACCUUCCAAUGCAAACCAAUGGAUGAAAAGGAGCCCCCCUCAUCCUGCAACAAAAAAUCCUACUCUCCCAUGUGCUGCAACGGUAUCACCGACGUGCGUUGUCCCCUUCCGAACUGGAAAACACCAUCUAACUUCUUCCAGAUUGGAUUCAGCUCCUGCAAGUCUUUCGAGCAGACCAAGAAGAACUACUACAACAAUCAGGGUAAAGUCGAGGAGACUCAGGCUGAUAUGAUCAUGGACGCUGUCACCUAA